GGAUUUCCUUGUUCUUUCUUACAGCUAUACUUCACUUUGUCGGAAGAAGAAGAAAGAAGUUGUCCCCCAUUGGCAUGAUAUAAACCCUGCAAUUUAGCUUUAUAUAUUACUAAAAUUCUUUAAAUAAUUUAUAAAUUACGUUAAGUUUCUUAGGGUAGGGUAGGGUAGGGUAGAAGAAUUGAAGAGGCAGAAAGGAGCAGCGGAGAGUUAGUGGAAGAUGGAUAUAGCUCAGAGAAUUCCAACAAUUGAUCUUUCAGAUUUUCCAGGACAGUACGAGAAACUAAGGAAAGCGGGUGAAGAAUGGGGUUGUUUCAGGAUCUUAAACCACAAGAUCCCGUUAGAACUGAUGCAGGAAAUGAAGAUGGUGGUAAGAUCGUUGCUUGACCUCCCCAUGGAAAUCAAAAAGCGCAAUGAAGAUGUCAUUGCUAGCAGUGGUUACAUGGCUCCCAGUCAGAAAAACCCCCUUUAUGAAGCCUUGGGUCUCUAUGACAUGGCCUCCUCCCAAGCUGUACAUAACUUUUGUUCUCAGUUGGAUGCCACACCUUCCCAAAGAGACACAAUAGACAAGUAUGCUCAAGCAAUACAUGAGCUGAUCAUGGAAAUAGGGGCAAAACUAGCUGAGAGUAUGGGAUUGGUCGGUGAUUACUGCAAGGAAUGGCCAUGUCAAUUUAGGAUAAACAAGUACAAUUUCACCCCAGAAGCUGUAGGCAGCACAGGGGUACAAAUACACACCGAUUCUGGAUUCCUAACAAUAUUACAAGACGAUGAGAAUGUUGGUGGUCUUGAAGUGAUGGACAAAUCUGGUGAAUUUGUGGCAGUUGAUCCCUUGCCAGGCAGCCUCCUCGUCAAUCUCGGAGAUACUGCCGCAGCAUGGAGCAAUGGAAGGUUAUGCAACGUGACACAUCGAGUACAAUGCAAAGAGGCAACAACUAGGGUGUCAAUCGCCACAUUCCUGUUGGGACCAACAAGGGCAGCUGUGGAACCCCCACCAGAACUGGUUGACUCCGAGCACCCACGUCUCUAUGUACCUUUUACUUACGAGGAGUACAGAAAGCUUCGACUCACCACAAACUUACAAGCCGGUGAGGCUCUCGCACUUGUACGUACCUGCUCCUGACCUAAAUGUAUUACCAUAUCGCAAUCUAAUGAAGCCCUCCAACUGUGAGGAGUCGCUGCUGCACUCUCUUUACCUCCUCUUGUUUGCUGAACAAAAGCAUGAGUAGCGAUCCCCUAGAAAGUGAAAUUGUACGUGUGAUUUGGUCCAUCCUGGCCUCUUCCUUUCCUUUUCCCUCGUUUAAGUUGGCUGUCAAAAGGUAAUCCAUAUGUAUUACAAAGCAACAUUUGUUGUUUGUUACAAGGAUAUGGCUGCGGCCAACCUCUGCAUUUGCAUUUUGUGGAGAACUGGGCCAUUGUUUU